AUGCCUCCACAAGUCUCUCAUGAUGGUGCCUUUCAGAUUGGCCCUUCGGUUCUGUUAUGUAAUGGCGGAGGCUCAGGUUCAAGCCCCAAACAUGGCGGAACAGCUAGAAGGAUGAAAUUCCAUGGGAAAAAACUACUGCCUUUGCUUGUUCUCGUCCUUUCAUGUCUUUCAAUUCUCAGACUUCUUAAAAUAGCAAUGAUUGCUUCACAUUCUUCAUCUCCGGAGUGUUCAUCGGAAUGCAGUAAUUUUCUAUCAAAUGCAACUCCAGUGGUGGAUUCCGAGUCUGGUGGCCGACAUGAACCCACCCCUGCUGCCACCACUGCCAAUGCAACCCUUCUCACCCCAAAGGAAUUCAUGGUUCUUUCGAAACUUGUUACACGUAAAGCGCCUUGUAAUCUCCUUGUUUUCGGUCUUCAAUCACAGUAUUACAAUCUUUCAUCAAUAAACGCAGGAGGAAUCACUGUUUUUCUCGAGGAUGAUCCUUUGAAGAUAAAUGAAAUCAAAGCUGAUUUUAAUGGAACUCGAAUUUAUAACGUCAAGUAUCAGAUACCAGCUAAAAAAGCAUACAAUUUGCUCAAACAUGCAAGGAAAAAUCCUGCUUGUUCUCCCACCACAAAUCUGUUGAAUCAAUCGAAUUGCAAAUUGGCAUUGAGAAACUUACCAGAAGACGUUUAUAAGCUUAAAUGGGAUGUUGUGGUUGUGGACGGGCCGAUCGGGGACACGCCGGAAGCACCAGGGAGGAUGCCAACUAUCUACACUGCCGGCAUGUUGGCAAGAACUGAUGGGAUUGGGAAGAAGACGACGACUGACGUUGUAGUUCACGAUGUUCAUCGGACGAUUGAAAAAUGGUUUUCUUGGGAAUUCUUCUGCGAACAAAACUUGGUCUCUGCUAAAGGGAAACUCUGGGUUUUUAGAAUACCUGUCCAUCAAUCGAAUUCUACAAGCUUUUGCUCUUCUGAGACAGUUGUUAAUGGCGGAUCCAUCUAA